UGAAGCUUCCGCGCUUACAACAUAAUUACAAAUGUGGAGUAAGCAAAAUGGAGCGAAUCUCAAGAUUAUUUAUGGCGGUGGAGAAGCAGCACUAGAACAGUUUCCAAAGCGCUUAAGUCGUGUACGGUUCAUUAAUCAUAAGAAAAGCGACUCGGAUUCCAAAACUCGAACCAGUAAAAGUGGAAAAAAUGUCCUUUUUUAAGGCAAUUUUAUUAACGUGUACGGUAGUGUUUCUCAAGUACUGUGCUUGUGAAGUUUUGGUGCAGGUAAACGUAAAUCGACCUUUUAAUGACGUCAGUGAAAAGUUUAUAAGUUUUUCGGUACGACCAGAGGACUUGUAUAGUGCUCUAGAUGGACCAAAAAGAAAAACAAUGACUCAAAUGGCAACUACAUUAGGUGAUUCGUAUAUAAAAUUUAUUGGUGAUUACUUUUUUGCCGCAAAUGCUGAAACUAAAUUGAGAAAUCCUACUAAAGUUAUAUGGAAAGGUUUUAAUCGAUGGACCAGAGCUGUGAACUGGACUAUGGUUAUUCCGGUACCAUACACACCAGGCGAUUGGGAACCUAUGCAUGCCUUAAAAAUUCUAAAUACUUCCUAUAUGGUUGGCAUAUCAGAUUGUAUUUGGCAGUUAGGAACAGAUUUUGGCGUUUCCCGUGCAGAAGAUUACGUUGCUGAAUUAAAAACGUUUAAUCUGAUGGUGGAAUCAUUUAAAUCUUAUGUCGACGAUUGGCAAAUAAUGGGUGCUGAUAUUUCCUCUGGUAGUACUGCUGAUGAAACACGACAGUAUAUCGAAAUAUCUCAGGAUUUAAACUCUGCACUUGGCUGGACUGAAUCAACUGCUCUUACAUCAAGCAAUAUAGGCAAAAAUUUCAUUAAUGAAAAUGAUCCAGCUCUGAAGGUUUUACUCAGCAGUAAUCUACCAAUUUGGUUAACUUUGCCAUAUAAAGCGAAAUCAAAACAAAAAAGCAACAUCAUCGUCGUUGACGAUGUGGCUGAUGCAAUGCGUUGGGCACAAAUGAUGGGUGAUGCUGCUAGCACAGGAUUCGAUGCUAUCUUUAAACACAUAAGCCUCUAUGAAUUGGAAAAUCCCACCAACAGUUUUUAUGUAACUGCUUUAUUUAAGAAGGUUAUGGGUUCUCGUGUGUUUCCCUCCAGACCACUACACUUAUUCGGAAACAGCAAUAAAUUAUAUACUCACUGCGCCAAUAGUGUAUCUGGAGGUAUUGCAUUUAUGGUUAUUAAUACGGAGGAAACAGCAAAUGAAAUUUCUCUGAGAUCUCUAAGCAGAUUCUCAAGCACAGAAGUUUGGCAGUACAUAUUAACAUUUAAGAAGGGUGCAGUCCAACUGAAUAAUGAGAAAAUUCACAUUAAUUCCACAUUCAAGCCAGUUAUUAAAGUUAAACAUCCUGAUAAGCCUGUUCAAUUGAAUUCACCCGGCAUGUCGGUCAGUUUUUGGGUGUUGCCAACAGUAAAUUUAGAGCACUGUCAAUUCACAGAAAUAGCCGCUGAAGAAGAUCAGCAGGAUUCGAACGAGUCCAAGGCUACAGAAAAGCGAUUCUCUUCUUCCGAUAAGUUGUUACGACAACUUAUACAGGAAACAUCACUUUCACAUGGCACCUUUUUAAAAGGUAUGAAUCGUAGGCGCAGAUAUGCAACAUUUGGAGACAGAUCGAAACGUUUUAUUUUGGAAGAUAAGAACAACAACAAAUUCAAGAUGCCAUCCUUAAUUCAGCCAAUUGAUUUUGGGAACAAAGAAUUGUAUAAGCGUGAUAAUCAAUAUGAAGCCCGUCGUCUACCCGUACUGCAAUGGCUACAAAAUUUAAUGGAUCUGUACCCAAAUCGGGAUAGACGUUUAGUUAAGAGAGAUACACAUAGCUCUGAAGAUUAUUUUGGUUCACUGUUUGAAAAAGAGAAAAAAACUCCUCUCAUAAAAAAAAUUUUGGAAAUCAAAAAGCCUGACCGUAAAGUAAAGCCAAUAUUCAAUCUAGAAGAAUUUGAUGAAGAGAAAUUUUUUAAGAAAAUAUCAGAACAUAGUGAACCAGAGUAUAGACGUUUUCCAGAAGGAGACAUACAUUUGAAACAUAUAACUAAUGCUAAUGGUGAAGAAAUAUUCGACUAUAAUGAAGAAAAAAAAGAAGCAAAAAAGAAGGCAUCUGCUGCGAAAAAUAAAUCCAAAGAAAUGGUAAGUGAAAUGAAACCCCUACGUUUGUUACCAACGGAAUUCUAUGAAGCACUCCCAUUGCAUGUGUUUCAACCCCAAGCGGGAAAAAUAAAUAUUGGUAGUGCCUUAAAUUCGUUACUGUUCCCUGAACCUUUUUCUAAAAAGAGUACAACUACGAAUAAAAAAUUUAAAAGUAAAGUUGGAAAAGAGAAAGAAAAAUACAAACUUAUUGAGAAAAGUAACAAAAAAGAGAAGGAAGAAGAGAAAAAUGGAUUAGAUGAACAUUCAAUUGAUUCUGUUCCCGAAAUAGAGGCGGUUGACAUUGGAAAAUUUCAUAAAAGCGGACAACUCGCAAAAGAUUUCUUACGUGCACAAAAGGAAUUAAGUAAAUCAUAUUUGAAAGAUAGCAUAGAAGUUGAGAAAAAAGAGGAGAAAGAAAAAAGCAUAGAAUCUACAAAAGAAGAAGAAGAUACAGAUGUUACAGAAAAAAUAAGUUCAGCUGAGUUAAGGAAACGUAAGACGCUUGAAUAUUUAGCACAUCAUUUCGAUAAAUAUUUCGGCACUUAUGAUGAUGAAAACAAAAGAACAAAGUUAACUCAAAAUAAAGAUGAAGAUGCGAAAAAGAAGGAGUCCGAUGAUGAUCCAUGGUGGGAUUUAAGUUCUCUGCGUAAGAAACGUAAAACGCGCGCUCUUCAGAUUCAAGUACCUGAAGAAGCUUGGUUAUCAAAUAUGAUAACAAAAGAUGAAGAUAUAACACCACUAGGCGCUACUAUGCCAGAAAAAUUUGAUCAGUAUAAGUAUACAAUGGUUGAUGUGAGUACAGAAAGAGUUGAGAAUAUAGAGAAUGUUCCUAUUGCCAACAGAAUUAUGAGAACUGUAAAGAGAAAGCUUAAUAGAUUUGUGGACCUUGUAUCGCGCCAUGUCGGAGAGUGGUACAACACAAUUACAAAACAUAUUGAAAUAAUUCCAGUUGAUGUAACAACGGCCACUAACAAUGUCAAUUAAUAUAUUUAAAAUAUGUGGAGGUAUAAAUUCUGUAAAA